AAGCAAAAGAAGCAAAAAGUUAUAGACAUUUUAACCAAAAAACCACCUUUAUCGUGAAGUAAUUGACACGAAAGAAACUUGUAACCUAAUAAUUUUCCAAACAUAGAAAAGAUAAUCUUUAACGUCGUGUUAGACGCGUCGUUUGACGUUGAAAUGAAAUUGAUCAAAAAUUAACUAAUUUCAUUCCCACUCAUUCACUCUACUGUUUUUCUGUUUUUUUCCUCUAUUAGUCGGUUAAGCUUGAUUGUUUCUUUCUCCUCCAUACUCACAUUUCACAUCAUAUAUUUCAAUUUCAAUCAAUUCAGUUUCAUUUUUUCAUUAAGCUGAAGUUGAAAUCAGAAAGCAUUCUGAUUAAUGAUGGAUCUGAGAUAUUUAUUAUUGAUUAUACUAGCUUUGGAAAUUUUGUGUGUUGCGAAUGGCGAUAAUUUGGUGUUUCAGGUGGAGCGUCGGAAAACGACUUUAAGUGGAAUUAAACAUCACGAUCAUCAUCGUCGUGGUAGAUUUCUUUCAUCCGUUGAUUUCAAUCUUGGUGGUAAUGGUCUUCCUACUAGAACCGGGUUGUAUUUCACUAAACUUGGGCUUGGCUCUCCAAAGAAGGACUACUAUGUCCAAGUUGAUACAGGAAGUGAUAUUCUGUGGGUGAAUUGUGUUGAGUGCUCAAGAUGUCCUACGAAAAGCCAAAUUGGUAUGGACUUGACUCUCUAUGACCCAAAGGGAUCUCAUACUUCAGAGUUAAUUUCUUGUGAUCAUGAGUUUUGCUCUUCCACAUAUGAUGGUCCGAUUCCUGGUUGUAAGGCGGAAACACCCUGCCCCUAUAGCAUAACUUAUGGAGAUGGAAGUGCAACUACUGGAUACUAUGUCAGGGACUAUCUUACUUUUGACCGGAUCAACGGAAAUCUCCAUACCGCACCGCAAAAUAGCAGCAUCAUUUUUGGGUGUGGCGCUGUACAAUCUGGCACAUUGGGUGCAUCUUCCGAAGAAGCCCUUGAUGGAAUAAUUGGUUUUGGACAGGAAAAUUCUUCUGUGCUUUCACAGCUUGCUGCAUCUCGAAAGGUGAAAAAAAUAUUUUCACACUGCCUUGACAAUAUUCGUGGUGGUGGAAUAUUUGCCAUAGGGGAAUUGGUGGAACCAAAAGUCAGAACAACUCCAUUGGUACCAAAUAUGGCACAUUACAAUGUGGUUUUGAAGAAUAUUGAAGUUGAUGGUGAUGUUCUACAGCUUCCCUCGGAUAUAUUUGAUUCUGGAAAUGGGAAGGGGACAGUGAUUGAUAGUGGAACAACCUUGGCUUAUCUUCCUGUCAUAGUUUAUGACCAACUAAUUCCAAAGAUUUUUGCCCGUCAGCCUGAAUUGAAAUUAGCUCGCAUUGAGGAACAAUUUAAAUGUUUUCCGUAUGCUGGAAAUGUUGAUGGUGGAUUUCCAGUUGUCAAACUACAUUUUGAGGGUUCUCUUUCUCUGACAGUUUAUCCUCAUGACUAUCUGUUCCAAUAUAAGGUGGCUGGUGUCCGAUGUAUUGGCUGGCAGAAAAGUGUGACCCAAACUAAGGAUGGAAAGGACAUGACACUUCUUGGAGAUUUGGUGCUUUCAAACAAACUUGUCUUGUACGAUCUUGAGAAUAUGGCUAUUGGAUGGACUGAAUACAAUUGCUCUUCCAGCAUUAAAGUGAAGGAUGCAACGACUGGAAUAGUACAUACAGUGGGUGCACACAAUAUUUCUUCAGCUUCUACCUUUUUAAUUGGUAGAAUAUUGUCAUUCUUUUUGUUGCUAAUUGCCAUGUUAAACUGUUUUUAUAACUAGGUUCUGAUGAGUUAUGACAUUCAAUUUGAUCUUGUUGUAUCAUAAUUCCUUGAAUGAUAAGGUGUGCAGUGUGGUUGAUAUGGUAUAAUUUAACCAGUUCUCGUAUAGAUUAUUAUAGAUGCAAAAGGGGCGAUUUUUUU